CGGAGGGCUCGGCGGCUGCGGCCCGCUGCUCUCCCUGUUGUGGCUUUCGGGUUGUAAACGCGCGAGUCUGCUGGGGGUGAAAGGUCCAAGUUCGCUGAAGGCGUCGAGGAGGCCUGGUGGCCGAUUUUACAGAGGCCGAGGUCCUGGAGUGAAAAUAUACUGGAAUAUUUUCUGAGAAACAGCCAGAUCACAGCAGAAGAUGGCGCUGAGAUCGUCUGGUAUCACGCAGCCAACCACAAGUCCCAGAUGCACGAGGCACUGAAGAGUGCUGCCCACAUGAUAGAGGCUGACGUCCUUCUUCCUAGUGACGGGUCAGAGCAUGGCCAGCCGGUCAUGGCCCAUCCUCCUGAGACAAGCAGCGACAACACUCUGGGGGAGUGGCUGGCUGAGGUCAGGAAGAGCAGCAAGGGCAUCAAGUUGGAUUUCAAGAGUCUGGCGGCCGCUCGGGCAUCCAUGCUGCCCCUGGAGGGUGUAAAGCAGCACCUUCGUCGUCCCGUGUGGAUGAAUGCUGAUGUUCUUCCCGGGCCACAGGGAAGUGGCCAGGUAGUGGAUGCCAGAGCCUUUGUAGACACUGUGACAUCCUUCUUUCCAGAUGUGACUUUCUCCUUGGGUUGGACAACAGGAUGGCAUCCUGAAAAAGUCAAUGAAGGCUACAGUUGGUCAAUGGUGAAAGAGAUGGACUACAUAUGCAGUGGACUAACCCAGCCUGUCACAUUCCCUGUCAGGGCAGCUUUAGUCAGGCAAUCUUGCUCUCAGUUGCUCUGGCUAUUGAAGAAAUCAAACAGGUACAGCCUGACUGUUUGGACUGGAAAAGAUGACAUUUAUUCCACUGAAGAUUUACUUUACAUUAGAGACUACUUUAAUAAAACUCAAGUUUUCUAUGAUGUUUUGGAACCACAAAGCCAUGAAUUUAAACGAGCCAUUGGAAUCCAAGCCACUCUUUAAGAAUACAGUUCUUGAAAAAAAAAAAAAAAAACAACAAAACAAAGCAAAAAACAGUUUUCCUAAAUAAUUUUUACUUUGGCUUUGGUUUCAUGAUCCUUCUCUGCUUUGGUCUGAGUUGGCAGCUGUGUUAAUGUGAUUAUUGCUGUGUUACAUGUGUCCAGUCAGGAGUGCCUGUGUGCACGUGCUUUGACUUUACUGUCUAUGGUGGCACACAUCUGUAAAAGACUUUGACAACCGAAAUGAAGGUGUUUUCAGAUGGGAGGAAAAAUGUUCAAUCUGGGUGUGGUGGCAUGUGCUUAUAACCCUAAGAUUUGCAGGACUGAAACAGGAAGAUCAAGAGUUCGAGGCCAGCCUGAACUACAUUGUGAAACCCUGUCUCAAAAGCAAAUUGUUUUAUAACUUGUCUAUAAUCAUCAUACAUUAAUUUUGUAAAAGAAAUAAAAAGACUUGAAUUAAUAAAUGAACUACUUUUCUUCUUAUCUAA